GAAACAAGAGAUUACCGUCGACAGCAGCUCAUCCUUCAGCUCCAUGUUCACCUGAGGGGGAAAAACAGAUCUCUGCAAACCGUCCAGAGGUUCUGUGCGACCAUGGCUGCUGGUCAGUGAUCCCCUCCCGCUGCUCUAAUGGAGGCUCCAGUCACCGCUCCUCCUACUCCCAGCUCCUCUCCGACCACCCUCCGACCGGCCGUGGCUCCGUCCGUCCAGCUGGGUUUCACCAUCCUUUACACCACCUUAUACGGGGGCCUUUUCCUGGUGGUCUACACGCAGCUAUGGCUGCUUUUCAUCUACAAACACAAGAGAUGGAGCUACCAGAGCGUCUUUCUGUUCCUCUGCCUGCUCUGGGCGGGCCUGCGCACCACGCUCUUCUCCUUUUACUUCCGUAACACGGAGGAAGCCAAUCACCUCCCUGCUGCAGCCUUCUGGCUGCUCUACUGCUUCCCUGUCUGCCUGCAGUUCUUCACCUUCAGCCUCAUCAACCUUUACUUCACUCAGGUUCUGCUGAAGAUCAGGGAUAAUUACAGCUCAGCCAGCGACAGCAAACUAUGGGUGGCCCGCUUUGCUUACGGGGCCUUAAGCUUCAUCUUCCUCUCCAUCAACGUGACAUCCGCCGCUCUGGGAGAGCGUGGCAGCAGCGGAGAGAAGGGGAAGCGGACUUGGAAGCUGGUCUUGGUCCGAGUUAUUGUCAACGACCUGCUCUUUAUCCUGGAGGCGGUGCUGCUGGCCAGCGUGCUGCUGCUGCUGACCCGUCACUCACGCUCCUUCAGCCCCUACCUGAUGAGCAAGGGGACCACAGUGUGCCGCACAGCCACUCUGGGAGCUGCGGUGAUCUUCCUGUUCUUCAGCCGCGCCUGCUACAACCUUACGGUCCUGUUCCUGUCUCAGAUCUACAAGGUGGAAUCCUUUGACUAUGACUGGUACAACGUCUCUGACCAGGCGGAUUUGCAAAGUGAACUUGGUGACAGAGAAUACCUUGCCUUUGGUGCCAUCCUCUUCAUCUGGGAGCUGCUCCCCACCAGCCUCCUCAUCCUCUUCUUCAGAGUCCGCCGGCCAGCUCAGGAGACCAGCAGCUUAGAAAUCAACAACAGGGUUCUGCCUCGUCCAUAUUUCUUCGAUGACCCUGAAGGCAGCGAUGAUGAAAUUCCGGCUCCCUGGGCUCGCAGCUCAGAGCAGAACCAAAGCUGGUGCGGACCAGAGACGGCGCCCCUCCUGUUCGCCAACAACCCUGCAGACCAGAGCCACCAGCACCACUCUUUCUACUCCACCCCUCAGAACUGAGGCCGAACCUCACCAACCAAGCCGCCAUCUCAGGGGCACCAGGACCGCGCGCGCAGCUGGCGGCAAGUUGUUCCUCCUGCUCCGUGGUUGAAUUUGCACUGAAAACCUCAGGAAAGCUAAGAAGAUGCACCUUGUAGUAUAUUUUUUAUAAAAGAGAACAGAAAUGACUGUUUCUCAGACUUAAAGGGAACACUGUUAUUGGGAGGAUGACCCUAAAAGCACAGAGCUCCAUGAAGGUCAACCUAAUGUUUGUUUAUUUAUUAGUAUUACUCACUGUGAAGCUGACUCUUAUAGUUCAUACGGUGUUUUUUUUUAGCUUCAGUGGACUUAAAGCAACUCAAUUCUUAACUGCUUUUUAGUCCAAUCCCCUAAAGGUGAAACAGGAAGUGGACUACAAUACAGAGGUUUUAGUCAAGGUUUGUUUUGUUUUUUAUGCGUCUCCAUCCUGCAGCUACCAAUGUGUAGUUUCUGUUUCUGGGGAAGCAUUUAUUUUAUUUUUAAAGCAGUGGAUUUUGUUUCUCCUUCUGUGAAUCCAUUUGUUUGACUGGAUGAUUUUAAUUUAUUUAUGUUCUCUUUUUAGCUAAAAUCUAUUGUUUUCAUUAAUGCUCCAUCAGAGAAUAUGCUUUUUUUUUUAAUCAUUCACCUCUCACUCUGCCCUCAUAACUUACACAGCCUGCAGUCGACCAAUAAACACAUUGCUGUAAACCUGAUCCUCCUGUUGCUAGGCAGAUCUUUCUAUGUAAGCAGGCUUAUUGGGUUUAAUUUAGUCUGUGGCAAUAAAUCUGGGAUUAAAUCUUGUUUUUAGUUCCAAUCUGGUAGCGCUGCUUCAUCAGACAUUCCCGCACUCUUGAUUAUACCUCAUGGUGCAAUGAAUGCACAUUAAUUGAAAUGUUUUAAGUGAAACAACGGUGGCACUGACAGUAAUUUACAAUAAAUGUAACUGACGUUUAUAUUUUAGACUUUUCUAAAGCUCUCUGUAGCUGUCUUACAAAGCUUCUUCUAUCCUACCAUCACAAACGUCAACAUGCAGGCCUGUGUUUAUUGGUCAGAUGAGACCUAUUAAGCUUUUUUGGCAAUAAACUUAAUUUUGAUGUGGAGGAAAAACUUUGUGUCUACUGCUAAAUGGAACUGGGGGGGGGGGAGCAGAAAAUAAAAGCUGUGAA